GGCUGGGGUAGUAGCUCAGUGGUAGAGCGCUUGCCUAGGAAGCGCAAGGCCCUGGGUUCGGUCCCCAGCUCCGAAAAAAAGAACCAAAAAAAAAAAAAAAAAAAAAAAGAAUGUUUUCAUUUUCAACCCAGCUGUGGGAGAUGGGGCUGCUUCAGACCGUCCACAGCAACUGACUAUGAUUUGCCUCAUGCUCUAGUAGGGGUGUGAUUUUGCCAGUUGCAGAUGAUUCUGCAAUCGUGUGACCUUUGGAAUUGUGGGAACUUUUCAGCGGGUGUGUGUAUGUCUUAGUUAGGGUUUCUACUGCUGUGAAGAGACACCAUGGCCACGGCAACUCUUAUAAAGGAUGUUUAUUGAGGCUGGCUUAUGCUUUCAGAGGUUCAGUUCAUGAUCAAGGCAUGGCAGCAUCCAGGCAGAAGUGGGUCCAAAGGCAGAAAGGAAAAGACUGCACCCACAUGGUUUGGAGGAGCGUACCCCCAUAGUGAAGCACUUCCUCCCACAAGCCCACACCUUCUAAUAGUGCUGGGCCAAGCAUAUUCAAACCUCCACAAUAUAUAAAUGCUUAGGCCUGGGAAGGUGGGGGAUGGGUGGUUGUUGUUAGCUGAUGUUUGUUAAGUAGUCACAAGCAAAGAAGAAAUGAGAUAUCCUGACAGUGAAGAUCAAACACCCCGAGAAACUCGUCGCCCUUAAGCAGCAGGAAGUAGUCUAAUGAAAAUGUCACCCUUUCUUCUCUAUCCUUCCUUUUCUCCUAUCUAGAACUAUGGGGUUGAAAGGGUGGACAGGGUUGGAACAAAAACACCCACAAAGUAGCAAAAAGACAGCUACAGUGAAGGAUUUUUACUAAACAGUAAUAGUCUGUGCUAAGGUCCUGUGGCAGGAGAUCUCUGUGGUAUUUUUACAUGGGGUCCAUCUUGUUAUACCUGGAGGUUCAGAGAGGUCAAGUCACUGUGUCAGGGUCACACAGCAGAACACAUGGUGCAGAACCAGGAAGCCAACCUCUGUCCAGGCACUAGCACAGUGGGUUUGCUUGAUGCUUACAGUGUCAAGGACACUUGUUAAUGGCCCACACUGUUCUAGGUACCAACCAAGAGACCUGGGACAGCAGAUACCCCAAGACAGACUGAGGUAAGGGGCAAGGUUCAACAAUCUUUCAACAAACACUUAUGGCUGGAAAUGCUUUGUGUGCUGUGGCUUGGGGGUGUCAUGGUCCCUGAAUACCUGCAGACAACAUUGGCGGAGCACACAGUCAAGUUGGGGAAGGCAGCUCUGGGUUCCAAGGGUGAAGGUGUGCUUCUGAGUGCCAAUAGUGUUUGAUGAAGGAGUAAGUUCUGCUAAAAGUCUGAUCGAGCGCUUGUAUGCUGCAGCAACACCCUUUAGGCCUAGAAGACACCACAGACAGCACAGGCCAUACACAGGAGGCUGAGGAGCCUGAGAAAGGGUUGCAGCACCCAUAAGGGCAGACAGGCCUGGCUAAAGCUCUCUUCCCAGCACUCAGGACAUAGGGACAGGAGGAGGCAAAGAUCAGAUCCAUCCUCAUCUACAGAUCAAGUUUGAGGCCAGUGUGUCCUUCCGAAAACAGAGAUCAUUAAGGGGGGCCUGCAAGAUUUAUAAGGGUUUACCACAAACAUCAAGUUCUUUCUGCCCCUGCCUCUGCCUGGUACCCACUUCACGCUGGCAGAGGCCACAAAGGGUCAAGGCAGGAGUUGCGGGGUGUGGGGGCGUCCAUGAGGGAACCGUGGAAAACGGGUCAUCCGAAGUGGGUUUUGAGGAAGGAAUACAAGUUUCCUGGUAGGACAUCAGUGCUCACACCUUUAGCCCCAGCACUCAGGAGGCGGAGGCAAGAGGAUCUCUCUGAGUUUGAGGUAUUUGCUGAAGAAAACUUUACUAGGGUCGAAGGGCAGUGGGGCCAUGGGUGGGUUCAAAUUCAGCGACAGUCAAUGCCGGUUGAGGGGGGGGGGGGGGGGAGGCCGGGCCAGAGGGAACUCUCAGAUCUGUGACCUUGCUCUAGGCCCCGUCUCCCACGCCAUGCGGCUGCCGCGGCUGCGCCCUGUCGUGAGCCUCCUCCUGGCCUUGGCCGCCUUGCUGCUGCUCCUGACCUGCCAGUCACCACCCAGCUGCCCCGCCCCCGAGAGUCCCACGGAGCCUAAGGAUGACCCCGCGUGGGCCCCGGACCUCUCCCGCGCGCACGCCGCCCCGUGCCGGGCCAAUCUGUCGGUGUCCGCACACCCCGCCUUCGCGCGGUUGCCCUCGCACGUGCGCGACUUCCUGCUCUACCGCCACUGCCGCGACUUCGCGGUGCUUCGGGAGCCGAAGGCGACCAAGUGCGCGCAGCCCGCGUUCCUGCUGCUCGCUAUCAAGUCCUCGCCCGCGAACUACGGGCGCCGCCAGGUGCUGCGCACGACGUGGGCGCGUGAGAGACGAGUACGCGGGGCGUCGCUGCGCCGCCUCUUCCUCGUGGGCUCAGACCGCGAUCCCCAGCAGGCGCGCAAAUUCAACCGGCUGCUAGAGCUGGAGGCAAAGGCAUACGGCGACAUUCUCCAGUGGGAUUUCCAUGACUCCUUCUUUAACCUGACACUUAAGCAGGUCCUUUUCCUGGAGUGGCAGCGAACCCACUGUACCAACGCCAGUUUCGUGCUCAACGGGGACGACGACGUGUUCGCCCAUACGGACAACAUGGUCACCUACCUGCAGGGCCGCGACCCGGACCAACACCUCUUCGUGGGGCACCUGAUCCAGAACGUGGGUCCCAUUCGAGUGCCCUGGAGCAAGUACUUCAUCCCCACUCUGGUGACAGCUGAGGACAAGUACCCGCCCUACUGCGGCGGCGGCGGCUUCCUGCUGUCACGCUUUACCAUGGCCGCGCUACAUCGCGCAGCGCGCGUCCUCCCCAUCUUCCCCAUCGACGACGUGUUCCUGGGCAUGUGUCUGCAGCAGCAGGGGUUGGCGCCCGGGGCGCAUAGCGGAGUGCGCACGGCGGGUGUGCUCCCCCCUAGCCCGCGUGUGUCAUCCUUCGACCCCUGCUUCUACCGUGACCUGCUCCUCGUGCACCGCUUCCUGCCCUUCGAGAUGCUGCUGAUGUGGGAUGCGCUGAGCCGGCCUCAGCUCGCCUGCGGCAGGCAGAGCCCCCCCCUACUGACAGGUUUGGGGGGUCGACACCCCUGACUCCUGUCCUCAUUCAAGUGCAAAGGGUUAACUAACUACAAGGAGAGGUUCAAAGUGAGGAGCAGCAAGGUGGGUCUGAGCCGGCUACCGUCUGCCGGGCAAACUCCUAAGUACACUUGGAAACCCUCCUCGUACUGCUCAGGGCACACUCUGAGUGGGCUCUGAGAGGCUGCUAAGCAAAAAGUGCUGUGGGUAGAGCCCAUGGGUGUCAGGCUCCCGCCUCAGACUGGGCCAUGGCCUUUCUCAGGUCUCGAAGAAAUUGGGGCAGAGGAACAAGGUGAAUUUCAAAUUGAGGAGCUCACAAAUCUUGACUUGACCCCCACUAGUGUCCUCCAAGAACUAGGAGAACCACAGGGGUAGGAAGGGUCCUGUGUCCCACAGAUGGAGAUGGCAGGAAAUAAAGACCAUAGAAGGCUGAAGGUGACAGUGUACUGUGUGUUGUGGGUGUGUGUGAUGUAACCCGGGGCUCUGCCAUCUUUUUAUUUUAUUAUUUAGGAAAGGAGCCGGGUCCUGCCUUCCUCUGCGUGCCUCCUGGGGCUUAAACUCGGAUCCUCAUGCUUGGCAACAGGCACCUUCAUUCACUGAGCCCUCUCACCAGCCCCUUUUAGUUUCCCACACUACUCAAAUUUUAACACCAUCUGCCCUGCCCCACCUCUCUCUGACCUUCAAUAUUAACUAAAGAAACAAACAAAUCCUCAGGUGUCACUGUAACACAUUCCCAUCUACAGCAUGGCUGUAUGUGUCUCCAGUCCCCCUCCUCUCCUGUAGCUACUUUGUGGUUUCUUUUGCUUCCAACCUUGCAAUGCCCCCUAACACCAGUUAAGAGAGGGAAAAAGGAUAGAGAGGAAGGAAAGGAGAUCUCUGAAUAAAGCCUCAGGACUUGGAAAGAGGUGACACUAUUGUUAGAUUCCUUGGGGGCGAGUUUCAUCUUCGCUGUCAGAAAAUCUGAUUUCUUCUUGUUGAUUCUUCUUCGAGGAUGACUACUUAACAAACCUCAACCACCAAAAACAACCCAUCCUCUGGGUCCUACCUUCUAAAGAGUCCCCGGAAUUCCAAACAUCACACAAUGGCAGAAACUAUCUGCAGCUGCAAAAUCGCACCCCUGCUAGAGCACGGGGCAGAUCAUAGUCAGCUGCUGUGGACAGUAUUUCUGUGUUUUUUUUUUUAAAGAAACCCAAAUUCUCACUACACUCCCCUAUUCUUUUUGAGCUUCUUUCCCAAGGGGAAUGGUGGACACAGUGUGGUGAAUCUAAGCACAGCUCCUCCCACCCAGCUCUCACAUCCUUCAUAGCUCCCAAAACCUCAGCCUGUAGAACACAGAGCAUUCCAGACCAUUCCUGUCUCCCACACCUGACUGCCUCAGCACUGGAUGACCCCAGCUCUGAUCCUACACUGCCUACCACUUUGUAGUUAUUUUUUUUCCCUUUAGACAUAGGGUCUCAUGUAGCCCAGGCUAGCCUUGAUAGCCAAGGCUAACCCUUAGAGCCAAACAUGAUCUUGAACUCCUGAUCCCCUUACCUCCCCAGCCUGGGAUAACACUGUGCAACAUACCUGGUGUGUUUGGGGCUUCAGGUGCCAGGUCCCAGCCCAGUCUUGUACUGUCCAUUGUGGGCCUACUUUGUACCUCACAGCUGUGUAAAGGGCUUCACUCCUUAGUUUCCCUAGUGGAUCCUUGUGGUGCCUCCUGUCCACUCCAUGUGUGACCAGAGUAGAGUCACAACCUGCUGCCCCCCAGCCCCAUGUAAAAACAACAACAACAAAACAAAAGAAAACAUCAAGUUGCUUUUUUAUUUAGACUGUUGGCCCACAGGGAGGAGGUGGGCACAGGUCAUGAUGGGGCUCCCUGGGGACAGGACCUGUGGUCCUUGGUUUCUGGGAUCUAUGAAUAAACUAGGGAUCCUCCAAGGCAAUCCGGGGGUGUUUCAUUGGCACAGCUGUGAGGUGGGGAAUAAUUGACACACACCACCUGAGCCCUACAAUCCUUCAGUGGGGACACAGACCCAAAAGGUCUUGCUGGGUGCAGCCAGUGAGACAGCAGCGGUGCACAGCGUUGGUGGCCACACUGCGGCGCUGGCGCUGAGAAGCCUGGUGAGGAAGCUGCGGGUCCAGCGCGGGGUCCGGGUCUAGCGCGGGAUCCGCAUCGGCCACGAGCGCGUGCAGGAGAUGUCGUUGCUCCAGCCACUGCAGCAGCUCCC